UAUAGUGGACGUGCGGAUCAACAGACAGAACCAGAAUCGGGGCCCAACCACUCCCAACCCCAACCUCAAGACACCCAACUAUGGCUUCGUUACGUUCGAGAGUCCAGACAUCGUCCAGAAUAUCCUCAGACAAAAGCCGAUUUACUUCGAUAAUCAUCGAUUCAAUGUCGAGGAAAAGAGAUCCCAAACCGGAAGGGGUUCCAUGGGUUACGAUCGCAACUUCAACCGCGGUUCGGGUCCGCCCAUGCGAAUGGAGGGCGGCGGCGGUGGUAGCGGCCGACCAAACGACAGACCACCGGGAGUGGGACCACAGGGAGUGGACAACAGAAUGCGUCCGCCAAACGAUCGUAUGGGUGGUAAUCCUCGGCCCAGAAAUCAGUACAACUCGGGCGGCGGCGGAGGAAUGGGUGGACCGCGUGGUCCCGGAGGGCCUGGAAGUGGCGGCCCGGGAGGUUAUAACCGCAACAAUUCAUUCAAUAACAACAACAACAACCGUCAGCCGCGUUAAUACCCAUUUAAACCGUGUCUAUCAAUAAGUUCUUCGUUAAGACCCAUCGCUAAUAAUAUUCAAAACAAAAAAUUCAAAAAAUGUAUUUAAAAAAAUUACAAAACAAAAUAACAUUAUUAUAAAAAAUACCAAAAGUUUUAUUCACUGAGAAAAACAAAUACAACUCUCAUUCGCC